GUUACACAUACCCAGCUGUCCCGGUGUCCGGACUUCACCUCUUACUGCAUCCUGGAAGCUGCUGGCAGAGGAGUCCCGGGGUAUUGGGGAAGCACGGGCUGCCGGAGAUCCCAGUCAGAGAAAGAAGUCAUGAAACGCCGAGAUCCACCCCAGAAAAGGGGUUCUGUUACCCCAUUGCCUGGCAAGGGUUCAAAGUCGGACUCCAAGGAUGCCUCAGCCACACAGACCUCAAAAAGUAGGAAGAGAUCUUCAUCACCCUGGUUUUCCUAUCUGAAAAAAUUUGCAUUGGUCCUUUUCGUCGUUUACAUUAGUGCUCCAUUCACCAUCAGACUAUUUCCCGUAUUGCUGUCCAAGGUAGUUUACUUAAAUAUGGUAAGAGUCCCAUUUUUUGUGGACACAAGAUAUCCAGAAGACGUUCUGAAUCACACCAGCAAUUUCUACCUCACCCCUGAAGAAGGAAUCACUGUCGGAGUCUGGCAUACUGUGCCGGCCAGCAGAGGUGAAGAGGCAAAGGGAAAGGACCAUGGCUGGUUUGAAGCGGCUCUCUCAGACAAUAACCCAGUUAUAAUUUAUCUCCAUGGCAAUGGGGGGACAAGGGCUGUAGAUCACAGAGUUCAACUAAUAAAGGUUCUUAGUGCUGCUGGGUUCCAUGUGCUGUCCAUUGACUACAGGGGAUUUGCCGAUUCCACUGGGGAACCGAGUGAGGAAGGAGUGACCAAUGAUUCUGCCUAUUUAUAUGAGUGGGUAAAGGCUCGUAGUCGGGGAAGUCCUGUAUGUUUAUGGGGACAUUCACUUGGCACUGGAAUAGCUACCAACGCAGCCAGAAGGUUACAAGAAAAAGGGAAUGCACCAGAUGGGGUUAUUCUGGAAGCACCUUACACCAAUAUCCGCGAGGCUGGAGCUUAUCAUCCCUUCGGGAAGAUAUACCACAUUUUCCCAGGGUUUGAAUACUUUUUCCUGGACACCUUUGCUUUGAGCAAUAACGUGUUUCCCAAUGACCAAAACGUUAAAAUAAUGUCCAGCCCCCUGCUAAUCCUGCAUGCAGAAGACGACCAGGUUGUGCCAUCAGCAAUGGCCAAGAAGCUGCAUGAAAUCGCCCUAACAUCCCCACAUUCUAGGCAGGUUAAACUGGUUUUAUAUCCUGCUGAACAUGGCUACAAACAUAAGUUUAUCUAUAAGGAUCCCGAGCUACCAGGAAUAAUAUGGGCUUUCUUAAAUGCCAUCUGAUAACCAUUUCUUGUGAAGAUCCAGUCCUUGCAUGUACUGUAUAUUUUUUAACUUUGACAUUUGAACAUGUAAAAUGUGUUAUUUGGGACCGAGAUUAAAAAAACUCCCCACAAAACAGUAUUUGUUAUGAGUCUAUAUUUGCUUCACAUACAGUUGACUAGUUCUGAAGCCAUCAGAUCCGAUACAGUCUAUUCCUGUCAGUCUUACUAAAAUUCAUUAAGGUUGUUCAGCAUUCAGUUAGCAUUGAACCCCUCGAGUGUUGUGUUCCAUCACACUCAUUAAUUUACUGCCUAACCAUGAAACGCCAAGGGUGCAAACAAAGAAAAAAAAAAAAAAGAUCCGCAAGACUUAAA